AUGGGCCGCUACCGCAUCCGCGUGGCCACCGGGGCCUGGCUCUUCUCCGGGUCGUACAAUCGCGUGCAGCUUUGGCUGGUCGGGGCGCGCGGGGAGGCGGAGCUGGAGCUGCAGCUGCGGCCGGCGCGGGGCGAGGAGGAGGAGUUUGAUCAUGACGUUGCAGAGGACUUGGGGCUCCUGCAGUUCGUGAGGCUGCGCAAACACCACUGGCUGGUGGACGACGCGUGGUUCUGCGACCGCAUCACGGUGCAGGGCCCUGGAGCCUGCGCGGAGGUGGCCUUCCCGUGCUACCGCUGGGUGCAGGGCGAGGACAUCCUGAGCCUGCCCGAGGGCACCGCCCGCCUGCCAGGAGACAAUGCUUUGGACGUGUUCCAGAAGCAUCGAGAGAAGGAACUGAAAGACAGACAGCAGAUCUACUGCUGGGCCACCUGGAAGGAAGGGUUACCCCUGACCAUCGCUGCAGACCGUAAGGAUGAUCUACCUCCAAAUAUGAGAUUCCAUGAGGAGAAGAGGCUGGACUUUGAAUGGACACUGAAGGCAGGGGCUCUGGAGAUGGCCCUCAAACGUGUUUACACCCUCCUGAGCUCCUGGAACUGCCUAGAAGACUUUGAUCAGAUCUUCUGGGGCCAGAAGAGUGCCCUGGCUGAGAAGGUUCGCCAGUGCUGGCAGGAUGAUGAGCUGUUCGGCUACCAGUUCCUCAAUGGUGCCAACCCCAUGCUGUUGAGACGCUCGACCUCUCUGCCCUCCAGGCUAGUGCUGCCCUCGGGGAUGGAAGAGCUUCAGGCUCAACUGGAGAAAGAACUUCAGAAUGGUUCCCUGUUUGAAGUUGACUUCAUCCUUCUGGAUGGAAUUCCAGCCAACGUGAUCCGAGGAGAGAAGCAGUACCUGGCUGCCCCCCUCAUCAUGCUGAAGAUGGAGCCCAAUGGGAAGCUGCUGCCCAUGGUCAUCCAGAUUCAGCCUCCCAACCCCAGCUCUCCAACCCCAACACUGUUCCUGCCCUCAGACCCCCCACUUGUCUGGCUCCUGGCAAAGUCGUGGGUCCGAAAUUCAGAUUUCCAACUGCACGAGAUCCAGUAUCACUUGCUCAACACUCACCUGGUGGCUGAGGUCAUCGCUGUCGCCACCAUGCGGUGCCUCCCAGGACUGCACCCCAUCUUCAAGUUCCUGAUCCCCCAUAUCCGCUACACCAUGGAAAUCAACACCCGGGCCCGGACCCAACUCAUCUCAGAUGGAGGAAUUUUUGAUAAGGCAGUGAGCACAGGUGGAGGGGGCCAUGUGCAGUUGCUCCGUCGGGCGGCGGCUCAGCUGACCUACUGCUCCCUCUGUCCUCCUGACGACCUGGCUGACCGGGGCCUGCUGGGACUCCCAGGUGCUCUCUAUGCCCGUGAUGCUUUACGGCUCUGGGAGAUCAUUGCCAGGUAUGUGGAGGGGAUUGUCCACCUCUUCUACCAAAGGGAUGAUGUAGUGAAGGGGGACCCUGAGCUGCAGGCCUGGUGUCGGGAGAUCACGGAGGUGGGGCUGUGCCAGGCCCAGGACCGAGGAUGCAAAUGGGAAGAUUUUCCCUCCAAAGCCCAUAAGGACCCACCCUGGCUUUCCCUCCCUCUCUUCCUGCCUGCCGCUGUCCAGCAUGCCCAGAGGGUCCAGGAAUACUGCACGCUUGCUACAGUGCAAGGUUUCCCUGUCUCCUUCCACUCCCAGAGUCAACUCUGCCAUUUCCUCACCAUGUGCGUCUUCACGUGCACUGCCCAGCAUGCCGCCAUCAACCAGGGCCAGCUGGACUGGUAUGCCUGGGUCCCUAAUGCCCCAUGCACAAUGCGGAUGCCCCCACCCACCACCAAGGAAGAUGUGACGAUGGCCACAGUGAUGGGGUCACUACCUGAUGUCCGGCAGGCCUGUCUUCAAAUGGCCAUCUCAUGGCAUCUGAGUCGCCGCCAGCCAGACAUGGUGCCUCUGGGGCAUCACAAAGAAAAAUAUUUCUCAGGCCCCAAGCCCAAAGCUGUGCUAAACCAAUUCCGAACAGAUUUGGAAAAGCUGGAACAGGAGAUUACAGCCCGGAAUGAGCAACUUGACUGGCCCUAUGAAUAUCUGAAGCCCAGCUGCAUAGAGAACAGUGUCACCAUCUGAGCCCUAGAGUGACUCUACCUGCAAGAUUUCACAUCAGCUUUAGGACUGACAUUUCUAUCUUGAAUUUCAUGCUUUCCUAAAGUCUCUGCUGCUAAGGCUCUAUUUCCUCCCCCAGUUAAGCCCCCUACAUUAGUAUCCCACUAGCCCAGGGGAGCAGUAAACUUUCUCUGCAAAGACUAGAUCCUUUUUUACGCUUUGCAGGCCACAUAGUCACUGUCUCAACUACUCAGCUCUCCUGCUGCAGCAUGAAGGCAGCCACAGACAACAUGGAAAUGAGUGUGACUAUGUUCCAAUAAAACUUUAUGGA